GCUUUGCACUUGGACCUGGGACCCUUGAGCCAGCCCCCUGCCUCUCCCCUGGCCUCAGCCGCCAGGGGGGUUGGGGCUCAGCAGCUCCGCCAGGCGCCAGACGUGAGGGGCUGCACUGUCCCCACCCCCCAGAGCCUGCCCUCUGUGUCCCCAGCACCGUGCUGUUGCUGAACCCAGUGGAGGUGCAGGCUGAGUUCCUCGCCGUGGCCAACAAGCUGAGCACGCCCGGGCACUCGCCCCACAGUGCUUAUACUACCCUGCUCCUGCACGCCUUCCAGGCCACCUUCGGGGCCCACUGUGACCUCCCGGGGCUGCACGGCAGGCUGCAGUCCAAGAGCCUGGCCGAGCUCGAAGACAUCUUCACGGAGACUGCGGAAGCUCAGGAGCUAGCUUCUGGCAUCGGGGACGCAGCCGAGGCCCGGGAGUGGCUCAGGACCAGGCUGCAGGCGGUGGGACAGAAAGCUGGCUUCCCCGGCGUGUUAGCAGACACUGCCCAACCUGGCCAGCUCCGCACCAUCCCCAUCCCUGUCGCCAGGUGUCACACGUACAGCUGGAACCAGGACAGCUUCGACAUCCUGCAGGAAAUCCUGCUCAAGGAACAGGAGCUGCUCCAGCCGGGGAUCCUGGGGGAUGAUGAGGAGCAGGAGGAGGAGGAGGAAGAGGAGGAGGACUUGGAAACGGACGGGCAUUGUGCCCAGAGGGACUCAGUGCUCUCCACCAGCUCGGCGGUCUUCCACGACUCCACCCUGUCCCUCGCCUCGUCCCAGGCCUCGGGGCCCACCCUCUCCCCCCAGCUGCUGACCUCCUUCGUCUCGGGCCUCUCGGACGGCAUGGACAGCGGCUACGUGGAGGACAGCGAGGAGGGCUCCUCCGAGUGGCCCAAGAGGCCGGGCGGCCAGGAGCGCCGGGGCCACCGCAGGCCUGGGCAGAAGUUCAACAGGAUCUAUAAACUCUUCAAGAGCACCAGCCAGCUGGUGCUGCGGAGGGACCCCCGGGGCCUGGAGGGCGGCUCGGGCUCAGGCUCGAGCCUGCCGCUGCGGCGGGCGGGGAGCCUCUGCAGCCCCCUGGACGGCCUGCUGCCGCCGCCGCCCCCCACGCGGGCCCAGCGCUCGCGCUCCCUGCCCCAGCCCAAGCUCAGCGCCCAGCUGCCCAGCUGGCUCCUGGCCCCCGCCUUGCGGCACCAACGCCGUCGACCCUUCCUGAGCGGGGACGAGGACCCCAAGGCGUCCACACUACGCGUCGUGGUCUUCGGCUCCGAUCGGAUUUCGGGGAAGGUGGCUCGGGCCUACAGCAACCUGCGGCAGCUGGAGAACAACCGCCCGCUCCUCACACGGUGCUUCAAGCUUCAGUUCUUCUACGUGCCCGUGAAGCGAAGCCAGGGGACCGGCUCCAGCGCCUGCCCCCCCGCCGCCAGCCAGACGCCCCCACCCCCCACAGACUCCCCGAGGCACCCCAGCCCUGCGGAGCUGGAGAGCACCAAUGACAUCUCCCACUACCUCGGCAUGCUCGACCCCUGGUAUGAGCGCAACGUGCUGGGCCUCAUGCACCUGCCCCCCGAAGUCCUGUGCCAGCAGUCUCUGAAGGCGGAACCCCGGCCCCUGGACGGCUCCUCGGCCCAGCUGCCCAUCCUGGCGGACAUGCUACUGUAUUACUGUCGCUUCGCGGCCCGGCCAGUGCUGCUGCAGGUCUAUCAGACAGAGCUGACUUUCAUCACCGGGGAGAAGAUGAAAGAGAUCUUCAUCCACUCCCUGGAGCUGGGUCACUCGGCCGCCACGCGUGCCAUCAAGGCUUCGGGUCCUGGCAGCAAGCGUCUGGGCAUCGAUGGUGAUCGCGAGGCCGUCCCUCUAACACUACAGAUUAUUUACAGCAAGGGGGCCAUCAGUGGACGAAGCCGCUGGAGUAACAUGGAGAAGGUGUGCACCUCGGUCAAUCUCAGCAAGGCCUGCCGGAAGCAGGAGGAGCUAGAUGUGGAGCUGGACCUCCAGCGGAGUGUGCAGGCAGUGCUCCGGGAGCUCAGCACCCAGGCCCCAGCCCUGCAGAACAACCAAGAAAUGUGGCCCGAGGAGCUGAGCUGCAAACAUAGCCAGCCCAUAAGCCACACGCACACUCCGCCCCACUAA